AACAAAAUUGCCAUUAAAAAUGGUUAAAGCAGGAAUGCGCAAUCAUCAAAAGAAGAUGGCUGCUAGCUUGCCGAUAUUGAAUACUUAUGGUGAAGUCGUGGAAUUUCUUACAGAGCAUAUAAAUUUGACAAAAUAUUCUGAAAAUAAGCUUAUCACAUUGCGCAAUGUCGAGGACGAUGCUCUACUACUUGGGGACCCUGGAUUCGCGGCAUCAUGUCAAUUUGAUACAUUACACAUAAGUUCUACUAUCAAUGUUCUUCCUGCUUUUGGAAAUACUCGCAUCCUCACUUUUAUCUUGGGACAAUAUGAACAUUAUGCAUUUCUUAUUGGGAUUGUACUGUGGGCUAGACAAACCGCAGAAAUUUGCACAGAAAUACUUCGUCAGAUUAAAUACUACUUGCUCCCUAGUAUCAACUUAUCAAAAAUCUACGUGGACUUUGAUUUAAAAAUAUUUAUACAAGAAGUUUUUCCAGAAAGUAAUAUUCAUGGCACCUAUAACAAUUACUGCCGAAUAUUAUACUAUGAGUCUUAUGAGAAAAAUGUGAGAAUCGUUAAUCCUUCUCAUGAAGAAUUUUUAAAAAGCUGCUUUUCUCUUAUUCUUCUACCCCAUGAGAAAAUAGAGGGAGGUUUUAACGAGUUGGUGAACAAUCUGACAAACGAUGCAAAUGUUCAGCUCAUAAAUUUUAUUGGGUACUUCAGGACGACGUGGAUACAAGGGGUAGGUCCGACAAAUAUGUCUCUUUUCAUGACAUGGGCGAAAAACCUUCACUAUGGAAAUUUUUCGGUAAGAAUUGGAUUUUGUAAUUUAAAAAAUUGUUCUUCAGAUAAUGAGAUUAAUAUUUAGAUGCA